AGAGAGAAAAAAAAAAUCUCUCACCACACCGCGCCGCAGCAGCCAAAUCUAGGGUUGCUUCGCUCGCUCGCCCGCCCGGCCCGCCCGCCCAUGGCCGACCCAACGACGGCGGCGGACGCGCAGCCAGAGCAUGCCCCCGCCGCCGAGAAGCCCCCUGCGGCGCCGCUGACUCCUGAGGAGGCGGAGGCGGAGACGGCGGAGACCGGGGAUGAGGACGAGGAGGAGUAUGUGAGCGACCCCGACGACGCGCCGCUCCCCGCGAUGCGGCGCCGGGAGGCCAGCGACGACGAGGGGUCCGAGGAGGGGAGGCGGAUCGGGUCCGACCGCGAGGAUGACGACGGGCAGGGCGCCGCCGAGGCGUACGAGGACGAGGCGUACGAGGACGAUGACGAGGAGUACUACGAUGAUUUGGGGGAGGAGGUCGGCGAGGGGUUCGAGGAGGAGUACGACGGCCGCGCCGAGCCGCCCAAGGAGGUCGCCAGUGCACAAGGGGAGGAGGGAGAGAAGGUGGAGGGAGAGGGGGCGGAGGCCGAAGGGGACGGGGAAGAGAAGAAGGAGCACGAGCCGUUUGCGGUACCCACUUCCGGCGCCUUCUACAUGCACGAUGACCGCUUCCAGGAGGAGAAUCGCGGACGACGCAGGAGAAUGUUUGGUGGGAGGAAGUUAUGGGACGCCAAAGAUGAUCAAGCUUGGGUACAUGACAGAUUUGAGGAAAUGAACCUGCAAGAGGAACGCUAUGAGGAUAAGCGAAUGUCAAGGGGUCGUUUUAGAGGCCGUGGUGGUGGGGGUAGAACUCGAGGCACUGGCCGCGGGUUUGCCAGAGGUGGAAGGUAUCGUGGUUAUAAUGAAGAUAUCAAUAACAACAACAACCAAAACCGACCCCAAAAGGUUGUUAGAGGGAGAGGACCUCGACGCUAUGAAGCUGUUGCAAAGAACAACCGAGAUGUUGUUGGAUUCCAACGGAAACAACCUGCAAGAUCACGAGAGUCAGCUGCAAAUGCUUCAGCUGCCAGAGAGAGUGGCCAAACUUUAAAUGUGCAGUCAGAAACAGUCCCUCUUAAAAAGAAUAUUGUCAAUUCAAGCUUGAAUUCUGCGUCACCACCAUUUUAUCCCUCUGGUGCUUCCAACCCAGAUUUCUCUGUGGCAGCUCAAAGAAGAGACAAUAUACAAGCAGGGGGUUCCAAUAAGAUCUUUCCAUCUUCAGUUAGAGGGGACGACAAUUUGAAGGUACAAUCUGGCCCAUCAGUUAGAGGGAGAACAACCAUGGAUUAUGGUGCACGUGACAGGUAUCAACAUGCUGAUGGUCCUGUUAGACAAUCUCCAAGGAAUGGAGGAACAUCGUUAAAUUCAUCAGGAUUUGCAGCAUCUUCAGUUAAUCAUGGUCAAUCUCCUAGAGCUCAAGGAGGAAAUGGGAUUCCUUCAAACAAUCAGUCCACUUCAUCUGUUCACCAACAUUCUAGGGUUCCUAUAUCACAGCAAAGCCACACAUCAGCCGUGCACCAAAAGUCAGGGCAAGUCCAGACUCAAUCUGCAAUGAGAAUACCAACUCAGCAGUUGAACCAUUGCACUGGCAACCCAUCAACUACUCAGCAUCAACCUGUUAGAUCAACUGAAAGUGGUGAGAAUGGUCUGUAUCCUAGUUCAAACAAAUCAAAUGCACCAUCUGGGGCAGGAAAAACCAAUAAUCAGGAAACUGGAAGGAGUUCCUUUAUGUAUGGUGGAGCCCAGGUUAUUGGGGCUGCUGGGGCUGUUGGUCUUCCCCAGGGUGAGCAAAAUUUUCCUGGCACUCCAGCUCUCCUCCCAGUGAUGCAGUUUGGCAGUCAGCAUCCUGGUGGUCUUGGAGUUCCUACUGUUGGUAUGGCCCUCCCUGGUUAUGUGGCUCAACAGCAGAUGGGAAUGGGAAAUAAUGAAAUGACAUGGUUGCCACUGUUAACUGGUGCAGCUGGUGCUUUUGGAGGAUCAUAUUCACCUUAUAUUGCUCUGGAUCCGUCCUUUUACUCCAGGUCUUCGGGACAGACCUCAUCGUCAGUUCCAUCCAGGGAAUCUAUCCCUAACAAGGGAGCUUCUCCUCCUCGAAAUGAUAUUGUGAAUGAAGAGCUUGAUCAUCGCCAGAACAAGCCUAGGAGAUACUCAGAGAUGAACUUUAGUCAGUGAAGCACCAUGUAAGGUGAACUGCAUCUGAAUAAGCUGCUUACGGCUAUAUUUUUAAGCCCUUAGUGAUCUCCUGUUUUGAUCUGGAGCACUUUGGGUGGCUUCUUGUCCUAAGUUAUGUUAGAGAAAUUGGUUAAAGUUGUCUGCCUUAUAUGAUUUAUACUGCACUUGAAGGUUAUAAACGCCUGUUUGUGCUGGUUUCACUUCACAGCAGACUCAGGGGUGGCAUUUGUUGCUUGAAUUGUGGUUUUGCUCGGUUGUGAUGCGUCGAGAAAUGUCAAAUUCGUUGGUUGCGUGUCUGAAGAUGUGGACAGUUCUUGAAGAGGGCUUGGAAUAAUGAUCUCCGUUGGUUGAUAAAGUUUGGGGUUUUUCAGUACAUCUUUUUAGUGACUGCACUUUGUGUCAAUCUGAUAUACCUAUCCUCUUAUAGUGGUAUUUGUAAGCACAAGUGGCUUUAUAGCUGCAGUUUGUACGUGUUGAACAAUGUGGAGACCUGGGUGCGAUUUGUGACAAGUUUACAGCUUGAAUGAGAGCAAUAGUUUGGUUUCAUCUUGGUAGCAUCAA